CUUCUCCCCCACCCUCUAAAACCGCCAAAAUCCCAAGCACCGCCACAGAGAUUUUCUCGGUCUUUUAUUAACCACUCUUUCUCACAAUGUCAUCUCGAUCACCUUCAAGUAAACAACGCAACAUGAAUUACCACACAAUGCUGGCUUCGACAUUGUCCACAUCGCCGGGCUCUUUCUACACUCCCAACGACACGCCUGACCUGAGGCCACAGCAUGACCAAGACGGCCUGCUUUCACGUGUAGAAAGCACAGACCUGCCACAGCAACAGCUUCGUUACGACGAAAGCAGAAUUACAGCUCGCACCAACUCUAGCGAUACGUUAAACAUACAGCAACAGCAGCAGCAGCAGCAGCAACAACAACAGCACUAUUCACAUCGAUGCUCAUGUUCAAGGCAGGUUACGUUCCAAAACACCAAAAACAACGAGACAGAAGAUGAGGAUGAUAGUAACGGCGAACAACAACCGCUAUUGAGCGGACGAGACAAUGAUAAUGCGAGAAGAACGGCACGACCAAGCUGGCUUGAGAUUAUCAGCGAUGGCUAUAGCAACGUUUCAGCCUCGCUGUAUCUGGAGAACACCGGUGCCGUUGCUAGGGACCAUUUAGCGAAUGAACGAACAUAUCUUGCCUGGGUACGCACAAGUCUAUCGACGAUUUCGGUUGGUGUAGGCAUCACCCAGCUCUUUCGGCUCGACCGAGCAGUCGAACACGACCCACAUCUGCAGACGUGGGGACGGCCGGUGGGCUUGAUGUUCAUUGGCAUGGCCAUGCUGUUCCUCUGUUUUGCAUUUAUCCGUUAUUUCCAUUCACAAAACACCAUGACCAAAGGCUACUUUCCCGCCUCUCGCGGAAUCAUCCUUUCCACGUCUGCAAUCACCUUUUUAUCCAUGGUUGCAUUGCUGCUCGCUGUAUUCUUCAAACGAUAACUUCACUCCACUCCACUUGAUACCCUUUCCUCUUUUAUUCUUUUCUUGAACUUUUGCUCGCCUCAAGGCCUAUGUAGGCACAAUCAUCCAAAUAUAGAAAUUUAUAAGAUCAUUGGUGCCGGCUGUCGAUCAGCAAUAAACGGCCGUCAAUGAUAAUAAUGACCACGGGCUUUCAAAAGAAAAAAUCGC